CUGUUUCACUCUCUCAUUGUUCUCAUCUGUUCAACAGACGUGGACUCAAUUUAUGCAAAUGUACCAACGAUAAUCCCAAACGGCCAUCAACCGUGGGAAGAAGAAUGGGCCAAGAAAUCCCCUGAAUAUAGUGAACGGUCCAAUGAGCACAGCUCUUACGAUCCGCGUGUCAGUGAUCUCGGGGCAGUUGAACCUCGUCGACCCGCUCACCGACCACCACCACCACCUCCUCCACCAGCUAUACCAGCUCCGUCUACCCGUGCGCCCAGUAGCCCUGCAGACGGAACAAAACUACAGAGGACCGAAUCCCGUGGAAGUCGCCAUACGUCCAAACCCUAUCCGUCACCUCGAGGCAGUCUUCUCAGUCCAGGUGGUUUGUCGGUUCCUUCAUUGCCGGGUUAUUUCACUGGUGGACCGGUAGACAAAACACAUCAUGGUGGUCCUUAUAGACCGGAUAAAUUUCAUCCUCAUCAUUAUGAACAAAUUGUUCACGAAAGACCUUCAAGACCACGAUCAAAGCGAACGACAGCCACCAGUCAAGAUCUGGCAGCACACGGUGCCUCAGGGUCAAAACACAGCCUGAUUAUCAGUACAAAACGUCGAACACUUAGUGGGGUCACAGGAACAAAUCCUAUCAAACAAAGAUCAAAUUCAAUGAAUGCUCUUUGGUUUGGGGAUCAUCCAGUACCGUCUCCUGGUGCUCUGUCCCCCAACGCUCCAUUGAGACUGUCAAACAUUCAGUUACAGGCUCAAGCUGAGUUGGAACGACGACAUCGGUCUUCUUCACGUGCGCACAGCCUUGACCGUCGUUCUGGACUGAGUUAUGGAUAUGGGACGGAGAGUCGUCUGUCUGGUGCUCCUACGGAUGUUGAAGGUUAUGAAGGUGUGGGUUACGGCUACGACACAAGAGGUCGCCUGAUCCACGGGGGUGCUCCUAUACAUGAACGCGCGAUUAGUCGCAAGCGACGUCUUUUGGACGGUCAUGAAAGCUUAUCCAGAGUGUGGAUACCACAAACGGAUGCAGCAUCCACAGUGCAUUCUGAAGGCCCGUCGCGCAGCGCCGCCACGCGUUUGACAGAAAUGAAAGCACAUUUGGAUGACUCGGCCGUGGCGUUCGCGUUGCGUGACUUUACAGCCCCCGGGGUUCGCCUUUCCAGACGCGCUUCAGACGGCGAUCAGAAUUCCAAAGCGAGUUAUGCGAGCGAGCACAUUUACGCCCAUCCUUCUAGCCUUAAGCGUGACUCUGAGAUCUAUUCACGUGUGGGACACAAGCACAGCUACGGUCGACGUCCUCACUCCCACUUUGGUGCUUUAGCAACGGACCGGAACUCGUUAUUGCACAGUACACGAAGUUUGUAUCGAUCCGAGGGUGCAUCUCACCGAUACCAGCAUCGUCCGCGUUUGGUUCCCGAUCGGUGGGGUUCAGUUCCGUUACCAAAUCCGACACAAUACGAUUCACUGAUGCGUUCCAGUGCUCUCUCAAUGCUCAGUCAUAAGUCCCUGAGAGACUCAAAAUAUGUGCUUGAAUCAAACGUGUGA